GCAGGUGACUUCUCACUACAGUUUGAGGAUCCAGAUUUCGGAAAUGCAAUAUGCAAUCUUACAGCAAUAUCUGAAUUACCAGCUGAGCGUGCAGUCCUGCAUAUAAUGUGGAACUGUGAUUCAUCUACACUUAACCAAUCCAUUGCUUCAGUGUCCUCUGCUUCAGUCUCUUCCCAGGACACAAUAAGUGUGCACUCUGAUGAUUUCAGGCCUAGCUGGACCGAUACUAUCCAGAUGAACUUAAGACAUGUGUCAGAGUGGCCCUCUCCAUUUUCUAUUCCCAAGUUUUCACAUGAUGUUGAACUGAAAUUGUGUAAGGCUAAUGUGACAUAUGAAAAAUCUAAGAAGGGCCUUGCAGUAACAAGAGACAUGAAGAUGGAGAUUUUGGAUAAAAUUGCAGAGGCAGUGUUUGAAAUUAAAGCCUACCCUGAGAAAGAUGAGGUUGAGUCAGUGGCUUCUGCACUGGUUCUCAAAUAUCCAUGCCUGAAGGAGCCAGGUAGCAUCACAGGCUACGAGGGAUGGAAAGCAAGUAUCAAGCACAAACUUGGAAACUACAGAUCAAAGCUUCGUCGGGCAGGCUGCAAUGAAGUAAAUGUAAACAGGAAAAGGAAAGGAGAAGAUGAAGCCAGCAGUCCUUUCACCCUUAAAAAGCCCAAACGUGGAGAGGUCAAUCAUGUCCCAGAUUAUCCACAGCACCAUGAUGAUUCUACUCUUGAAGAGGAAAGAGUUGCUCUGGUCAGUGAAAUGAAGAAGAAACAAAAGAACUUGAAAGUCAUACAGCAGAAGAUGGCGCUGACAUUUUCUCUCAGGCGGAGAGAGGUUGUGGAGUGUCAACCUAUGGUAUCUGAGGUCCAGGAGAGAUGGCCUGGGCUGUUUUCCUCUGAGGAGAUAUCUGAAGAAUUUCAUCGGAUCACAAGCAAAGACCUCCUAGGGACGUUCAAUGCAUCCCUCAACAAAUUUGUGCCUGGCCUGCUGAAACUAUACCGGUCUAAGAAGGGAGCUCUUGGUGAGGACAUGGAAGACCUCUUGGAUAAACUUGAUGAACAGACAUCUGACAUUGUGUCCCACCGAAAGACAGCAGCACUGAGAGGCCUGCCCAUUUUCCUCAGAGAGGAUGCAACACAGGUUUUCCUGAAGUGCUUAGACACUGACAUUUUGGAACCAGUGUUGAACGGUGCAUCAGUUGCCAUCCUCACCAUCCUGCAAGAUGACGAUGCCGAUACGUCUGUGCGAGAACAUGCUGUUGUGUUGGAAGGGGACAUCGUGCUACAUAACAUUCCAGACCUCUCUACUGCCUUGGCAUACCUCUUUGGCCUUCUGUAUGCCCUCAACAUUGAUUAUCCAAAGCAGAUGAGUUAUACCUUUGAAGCAAUUCAGGGCAUCUUUUUUGAACUCGGUGGCUCUCGAUGCUCACAGCGCAUAAGGUCUCUAAAAACAAAGCUUUUGCUGUGACUGUUAAUGGGGAAGCCAGACAUGAGUUUAACUUGUUCUUAAACAUGUUCAAGUGCAUUGUAGAGUCAUGUAAAAAAAAAAAAACCCAGUAGUUCAACCCCUUUCCCUCUAUAUAAUCGUUCACCUGUUACAAAGAGUUGCAUAUUUAGUGUUUGAACUGUUAAAAUUAAUUAGGAAUAAGUGAAGGAAAGAGGGAGGAAAGGAAGAAGGGAGAAAAGAAGGAACAGUCAAAACAGAAUGGUUCAUUUUGACCUGGUCGGUCAAUAUGAAGUUGAAGUGGAUAAGGGAUUAUUUGAAAUGUAAAUAUUAGUCAGAUGAAUCUGUAUUAUUGAGAAUCUAUGGUGAAAUUUUGUCUUGUAGGAUUUUAUAAGAUUUGUUAUAGUGUUUUUCACUCCACCUGAAGUAUGGAACUGGUAUUUUACCUGAUAGUUCGCUGUUCAUUGAUGGUAACAUUUCUAAUAACUUUUGACUUCUGUAGUUCAUCAUAGUAAGCCCAUGUAAAAUGUCGAUGUCUGGGUACAUAGGCAAUUGUUUGUUGCACUACCCUAUUUAGUGUGCAAUAGUUAAGUUAAGCUUUUACAGGACAGCCAGGGUGUGAACGUGAAUGACUAAGCUGCUGGACACUUUUCUUUUUUUCUGGACUCUGGAAUUUUAAUGUCUCUGCUGGGGUGCUCAAAGCACCCUAAAGAAACUGGCAACACGUUUUUUUCUGUUUGUUUGCUUUUUUACAGAAAUUCACCCCACUGCCCAUGACCUUCUGAAAUAUACUGAAAGCACUGUUGAA